GCCGCUCUUCAACUUCUUUGUGUGCUGAUUGAGACUUCGCGUCAAACUGUAAGCAAUUUGCUUAUCCAACGCCUCUUCCCCGUCGUUGUGCACAUUGCUAUAGCUAGUACCGACUCGAUGGUCAUCUCGGGCUGUUGUGAAGUUCUCCGAUGUUAUCUAGCCGUUGGAGUGGAUCGAGUACUCGAUUGGCACGAUGACGAAGGCAAUAAUGGGAUCGGAUACAUUCUGCAUGUGACCUCACGACUGCUCGAUCCCACCGGUCCGCUCGAACAUGCUACGUCCGGCGGACGACUGGUUUGUGCUAUCCUCAUGCGGUUGCAAUCACACCAGUUGGGCGAGAAUUUGGAUCUCUUACUUCGAGGUACACUGGCCCGCUUGUCCACAUUGCCGCUUUCCGGGAUCACAGGCACACCACAAUCGGACGUGUCUGGCGGUCAAACUGUGGACGAGUGGGAUUCGGGAAGUGUGCGCGGGGCACGACAGAGUCUAGUUUUCGUUUUUGUUCUACUCUUCCGUUUGCAACCUGAAGCUGCAAUCCACUUCCUGGCCAGUGUACCCGAUCUCAACGGACAACCGGUAAUGGCAACUAUCCUUAGUCUGUGGUGUGCGUCACAGCCGUUUUAUUUCGCUCGAGCGCAAGUGCGAAUUAGGUAA